UUCAAUUGUUUUCGGAUCCGUUUUUCCCCUUCGAGAUUUCUCUGCGCUCUGUUUUUCGUUCCCGGACGUGACGUUAGGAUUUCUUAUCAAUUUGACGUCGGCUCGGAAUUCAUUGAUCUUCGGAUUUCUGUUGAUCGGACAACGAGUCGUUUUGAGGGGUUAAGUGAGGAUUUGUUCAUGAUCCAUUGCUUGUUAUUGCUUAUUUGAGCCUCCUCGCCAGGAUUUGAAACUGAGGCUCUUCUCUGUAGCUGUGUCCGUUGUAGAUGGAAGUGUUUGGUCCUCACACAUCAUCUUGUCUAUAUAUAGCAAGCAGCGGCUGUUCUUCAACAGACCCUGACCAUCUAGCUCAGAAAAACUCGAAAGAUCUUUCUAUGAAUGACCUCAAAACAUGCCUGACAGAGUUUUUUAGUGUUGAAGAUAUUGGAUCAUCUACUAAUGAACUCAACCUAUCUCCUGGGAAGGAUUAUGUAGUAAAUGUGGUGAAAGAAUGUGAAUGCCAAGGCUUAGAAAGGAUUCACACAGAUUAUUCAGCAUCUGAGAAAUGCUUAAGCAAGUUUGCCAGUGGGCCCAAGCCCUCUGUCGAUGCAAUCAUUGGUGAGAAAGAAGAGCAAGAGGGUGAUAUCAGGGCUGAAGUAUCUGAAGUAAAUGACUUGAAUAAUCCUUCUAAUAAGUGUUAUUCACAAUCCAAAUCACUGCCUGUUCCUUUGAAGCUUGUAUCUGCCAUGAAAGGUACCCGUGAAAAGCAGGGAAUGCCAUCUAAACGUCUCUCAGUAACCUGGGCUCCUGAAGUAUAUGACCCAGUCCCAACAUCUGUGUCACAUCUUCCAUCAAAUAAGAAUCAAAACUAUCGCAGCAAUAGCAAGAAGUAUGGGAAGUACAAGCAGAAGAGUGGUUCCAAGUCUUCAAGAGGCAGCAAGAGUAAGGAUAAGAAGCAGGUUCGGAAAAGUGGUGGUGGGUCUACUAAGCUCAGGCCCUUCUUUGAAACCUAUGGAGACAGUAUUGGCGAACCACCUGUAGAUUUUAAUGUUGGCACCCCAGAUCCAUUCUGUGGGAGUAGCUUCCUGAAGCAAUCUGUCAGUAUGCACUUUCCAGUUGCUGAGGCUACGUGAUGAGUCAUGGAUGGUGUAUAUAAAUAAGUAGAGACUGAGAUCUUGUUUGAUCCAUGAUCGUUGCAAGAUGCAUGAGAGAUGAUUGAUAUAACCAUGGUUGUGAGCGCUUUUUGUGGUUGACUUUGACCUUUUCUUUGUGUGAACCUUCGUUUUUUGGUUAUCUCUUUCGUUGUUGGAUUUUCAAAAUUUGUUUUCUUAUUUCAAGGUAAUGUUGGUGUUUUUGUCCA